GUACCUUACACCCGUCUCCACCGUGAUACGGAAACAGCCGCGCCCUUUGUGGCGCAGUAAAUUAUUGCGCAAGAGGAAACACAGCGACGGCAGGACGAUAGGUUACACUCGACCGGUUACCAGCUUUUUGAUGUCCGCUGACCGGCUUACAGCAUACAAAAAUUCACGGGCCACUAAAACCGACGAAUCGAUCGGCGAUUUCGUAGGUCCUCCAGGCACUAUGUUCCUGGAGGUCCGGUGAUGGGCAUGGUGGUACCUCGUCCCCAUGAGGGAUCCCUUGUGUGUGGUACAACUGCCUUGGAGGGAGCAGCACUACUGGAGGGAGCAGCACUACUUGAGGGAACGUUGGUGCCAUUGCUGGAUGAUGUUCAGGCCUCUGCUGCUCCUCUGCCUUGGUCACUGUCUCCCAGGUGCCAAUUCACAGACUAUCUACACUACCGGAGCUAUCGGAGGCACUGUCACGCUGCGCUGUGAUGGACCAGCAGCUACAGACACCAAGGAUGUUCAUGUCAUGUGGAUGUUUGGAGGCAGGCCUGCCUGUUGGUUUAAAAAUGGGAGCUGGUGUGAAACUGGUCAUUAUGUGAAUCGAACUCGGCUUGAAUCCAUCCGACAGAACAACUUCUCUUUGGUCAUUAAUCCUGUCAGAAAAGAGGAUGAUGGGGUGUAUAUGUGUCGAAUCAAUCAUAAAACUAUACAAAGCAUUCACCUUAAUGUUACAGGAGGCCAGACGCAAACAACUGGAGUCACCGCAGAUCCUGUUUGCAGGCCAUACACAGAGAGAGAAGUUUCUACAGGGUCAGAAGACAACCAAGAUUCUGUUGAAAACCAUGCAGGUGAGUUUAUACCCUGUGUGAUAAACAUGCUUCUGCCCCAGUGUAUAAGCUGCUAUCUGUAUCCAGUUUAUCUGAUUCCUGUCUCUGUAUGAAUAGUUAUUGACUGAACCUAGUUCUUGCCAUGAGACAUAUUAAACAUGACACACCUACCUACAGUACCUACCUAAUGGUGGAUUCUUAAUAUUUACAUGCUACAGCUUAGUAAUGAUAAUUACCAAGUCAUCACCAUGAUUUUUUGGGAUUAAAUGGUCCCAUCCGUAAGACAAGUGACAGAGUGGGUUCUGACCCAUCAGCAGGGGGUGAAGCUGUCAGAGGGUCAUGCUGGUGAUGCAGCGCCCCCCAGUGCCCGCAGCUCACAGCAGAUACACACUCCUCAUAGCCUGGCCUUCCUGCGCUAUUAGCAUUUAGCAUUUUAUGAGUCGAACUGGGGGCGGCAUGGUGGUACAGUGGUUAGCACUGUUCCCUCACACCCCUGGGACCCGGGUUUGAGUCUCCGCCUGGG